AUGAGCAAGCCGCGCACUCGCCCUCGCAGCAGCGCCAGCCGGCCGGGCGUGCGUGCGGCGCCUGCGAUCGACGAGGCGUCGUCGCCUCGCGGGCCAGACGACCACCGUCUCAUGGUCGGCGUGCGCGUGAGGCCGCUCUCGGCGGCCGAGUCGGCCCGAGGCGCGGUGGACUGCCUGUCCGUCACAGAGGGCAACAAGGUCUUCGCGCGCGACCCGGACGAGAAGAUGGGCGGCCGCGACUACCUCCGGCUGCAGCAGUUCAACGACCACGCGUACCAGUUUGACGCGGCGUUCGGCCCAGAGAGCGGCUCGAGCGAGGUGUACGCGCGGCUGGUGCGGCGCGUCGUCACCGCCGUGAUCGACGGCUACAACGGCGCCUGCUUUGCAUACGGCGCGACGGGCUCCGGCAAGACGCACACGAUGCUCGGCCAGCCGCAGGCCUGCAAUAGUAGAAGAGAGGAAGAAGAGCCGGGCGUGAUGCCGGAGGCAGUGGAGGAGUUGAUGGCGGCGGCGCUGCGGGACGACGACUUCGACUACAAGUUCGGCGUCUCGUACGUCGAGAUCUACAACGAGAAGGUCAAGGACCUGCUCAACCCGGACUCACAGGCAGACCUCGAGGUGAGGGAGGACGCCAAGCACGGCACGCACAUCCAGGGCGCCGUCGAGCUCGCCGUCGGGUCGGCCGCCGAGAUCAUGGAGCACAUGCAGCGUGGCUCGGUCUACCGCACGACCGAGGCGACCAACUGCAACGAGGUCUCCUCCCGCUCGCACGCCGUCCUCCAGGUCACCGUCAAGGCCGUGCAGCGGUACGGAGAGGGAGGCGGCUCCAAGCGGCGCCUCGCCAAGCUGUCGCUGAUCGACCUCGCCGGCUCCGAGAGAGCGUACAAGACCGACAACCGCGGGCAGCGGCUCGUGGAGGGGCGCAACAUCAACCGCUCCCUCCUCUCCCUUGCCAACUGCAUCAACGCCCUCGCCGACCGCACGCGCAAGGGCGCGCACGUGCCGUACCGCGACUCGAAGCUGACUCGCCUACUCAAGGACUCGCUCUCGGGCACGUCUGUCGCCGCGAUGCUCUGCGCUGUCUCUCCGUCGUCGGACCAGUACGAGGAGACGCUCAACACGCUCAAGUGUCGAUGGCGGGUGUGCGGCGCGCCCUCGACGACUUGGCGGCAGGACGUGCCUCGCGCGAGCCCCGAGGUGCACGCCGCGUACGUGCAGCUCGACAACAUGGAGGCGGACGAGCUGGCGGCAAUCUCGGAGGAGUCGGCGGUGCUGUGGCGCGAGCAGCAGUCGAUCCUCGCUGAGCUGGCCAGCGCGCAGCACCGCGCGAAGCUCGCGCAAGUGUCGAUCGCUUGGCUCGAGGCGGCGGGCGAGGCGGCGGAGGGCGAUGCGGCGGGCGAUGCGGCGGGCGAUGCGGCGGGCGAGGGCUCGCUCCGCCUCUCCAGCCCGCCCGACGCCACCGGCGCCGGCGGGCAGCUGAGCGCGCCGUUGCUGCGCGCUGCGGUGGCCAAGGAGCUCGAGGCGAUCUCGCGGCUGCGCGGUGAUCUGGCGAAGGUGCGGGACGCAGUCUCGCAGCUCCAGGCUGAGAUCCCGAAGCGAGUGGUCUCGUCGCAACGCCUCUCGAUGCUGCGCCUCGCCGUCCGGCAGCAGGAGGCCGCGACAGAGUCCCUCCGCUUCAAGGGCCAGGCGCGUAACAAGGUGGCGCUCGUGCGGGAGGUGCUGCGUGUGUGGCACGCCGCCGUCCCUCCGCCACUGCGCGAGCUGCUCCUCUCCGUCUUCGAUUUGCAGCUCGUCGGCCCCGACUCGGCCGCACUCCUCCCGCCCGGCGAGGCGCACCCCAACGGCAGCGGCGGCAGCCUCUCGGACUCCACGCUCGCCUCCGACUCUACCCUCGCCGAGCCGCUCGACGCGCUGCUCGGACACGUCCGCGACGCGUCCCGGCCGCUCGACGGCGAGCGCGGGCGCGUCGGCGACGCGUCCGCGCCACCGCCGCGCCGGCCCACCCACCCCUCCUCGCGCCCUGAGGCUGCGGGUGGGCCGGCGGCGGCUUCCGCCCACCCGCUUGCGGGCGGGCAGGCUGAGGGGCUGGCGGAGCCGUACGUCCUCGGCGCCGACGGCACCGCGUCGCCGUGGCGGACCUUGGGCGCGCUGGCCAUCAAGGCCGCCUUCGGCUCGGGCGAGUGCGGUGGGCGCGACGCGUGGGAGAAGGCGCGGCUCGGGCUGCAGGGCGCGCGCGAGUCGCGCCAGAGCUUGCUGUCUCUCGUCGACCAGGCCCACUCGCCGACCACCGAGCGCCUCGCCGUCGCCCGCCCCCCGCGGCUCCAGUCCAUUGUCGAGGCGGCAGACGGUGCGCAAGUGGCGGCGAGCGGCGGCGGCGGCCGCCGCGGCUGCGGAAGCCGUGGUGAUGUCGGCGUCUGUGGCUGCUGCGGUGUCGGGCGCGACGACCCCGGCGUCGGCUGCCGGUGA